UGGAUUGGAUACGAGAAAGAAAGGCAUGCAGUCUUAACACAAGAUUUUCGAGACAGAAUGGCAGUCAGCUAUUGCCAGAAGACAUCACCAUUCAUGUUGACCGGGAAAAUUUCCCAAAGCAUCUUGUGGAUGAAUGCCUAGACCAUUCAUGUACUGAGGAUGCCGUCUGUAUUCAUGGAAAUUGUGUACCAGUUUUGGAAGAAAAAAUAUACAAGGACUGUUUGGAUAUCUUGAAAAGAAACCCGAUCAGGAAGUACCAAGAUGGGAUUUAUAUUAUUUACGCCGACACCAGAAGAGAAGUUUUCUGUGACAUGACGACCAAUGAAGGCGGCUGGACAGUAAUUCAGAAACGAGAGGAUGGCGAUGUUGACUUUUUCAGGACAUGGAAAGAGUACAAACACGAAUUUGGGAAUGCAUCCAAAGACUACUGGAUAGGAAAUGACGCAAUCCAUGCUUUAACAAGAGAUCAAAACCAAGAGCUACGAGUAGACCUCCGGAGAUUUAAUGGAGAACAGGCUUAUGCGGAAUACUCCACAUUUUACAUCAGAGAUGAAAAAAAUAAAUACACUUUAACAGUAUCUGGAUACAGCGGAACAGCAAGUGACAGUUGGGCUUAUCACAAUGGUAUGAAAUUCAGCACAAAAGAUGAGGAUAACGACGGGGGCGACUAUGACGAUGACUGUGCCAAUACUUACCGAGGAGCCUGGUGGUACGACCUCUGUCUCAGGUCAAACCUGAACGGUCUGUAUACACAGUCGGCUCUGAUUGGUCCUGAGUACCCGGUAUGGCUGUACUGGACAGAUAGCUUUGAAGCGCUUCAGAAGACUGUAAUGAUGAAAAGACACAAAUAGUGAGAGGGACAUUCAAUAAGUUAUGUA